ACGAUCUCAAUUUCAACUUGCAAAUGGCGACAGCCGUGCACGUGCUGUGAAAUUUCCUCAUCUGAAAUCGAGUUUGUUUUGGUCUUGUCAACCUGUAGAAAAAAUGGGUAAGAAAAGAAAGCAUGGCGAAGAUAAAGACGAAUUUGAGUUCGACCCAAUGCCAAAACAUCUGCAAAUUGCCCACAUCAAAAAUCAAGAAAAACGUCUCAUAGUAAUACUGGACGAAGCCCAGUUAGAAUCCGUCAAGGUGGGUAACAGCUUUGAACUACUAAACUGCGACGAUCAUGCCAAUAUGUUGAAGAAAAACAAUCGAGAGCCCGGGAGCUGUAGGCCAGAUAUAACGCACCAGUGUCUCCUGAUGUUGAUGGACAGCCCGCUGAACAGAGCUGGUUUAUUACAAGUCUAUAUUCACACUGAGAAAAAUGUCUUGAUCGAAGUUAAUCCGCAAACAAGGAUACCCAGGACGUUCAAACGAUUUGCUGGUCUUAUGGUACAGCUGCUUCAUAAGUUUAACGUGCGAGCUUCUGACGGUCCUAUGAAAUUACUUAAAGUGAUUAAAAAUCCAGUCACGGAUCAUCUGCCAGUGGGUUGCAGGAAACUCGUGAUGUCUUACAGUGCCAAAAAGGUCCAGAAUCCACGUGAAUUCAUUCCUGCUGAAGAACCAAUUGCGAUUGUUGUAGGAGCCAUGGCGCAUGGUCAAGUGAAUCCGGAUUACGCGGAAGACACGAUAUCGAUAAGUAAUUAUCCCCUUUCUGGCGCCCUGACUUGUAGCAAAUUGUGCUCAGCAUUUGAAGAAGUUUGGGGGGUUAUUUAGUUUAAGAAAUACUUGAUAUACAAAACAUUCAUAUUUGUAAUAAGUGUACAAAACAAUUCUACACAGUCAUUGGACUACACUUAAUGGUUGUGUUUGUUAAUCCAAUAGGUAAAUAUAAAAUCCCUAUCAAAAUUAUUAUUGAAAAUUUCGUACAACACCAAAAGCUGAACCCUCAGGUUCUAGAGUUAACUUUAUACUCUUCCACAGAAAUUAUUAGUGUUUCUAACAAAUUCCUUUCAAUUAUUCGAUACUGUACACGGUUUUUUUCUAUGUCCUCCGAAUGUGGUGGAUGUAAUUUUCCGUAUUAUGAAAAUGGAAAAUGAUCAGUUGCGGUUAUUAGUGAUAAUUUACUGUAAUAUAGUAAAUUGGCGUUCGUUGUCGACUAACAAGGAAGCGCAACGCAAUUAAAUUACUAUCGGUAUAAUUA